AAUACGAGGAAAUAUAUAUAUAUAUUAAAGUGAAAAAGAGAAGCGAGUGAAACUAGAGAGGGUCCGGGAACAGAAGGCGGGGAAGGGGAAGGAGGGAGAGAAAGGGGGGAAAGCAGAAGAGGAGGAGAGAGCGGCAGCGCGCACAAGGCGAGCGCAGCCGGGACCAGAGAGCGCCGCUGGGUCGCCGCGCCAGGCCGAGCGAUGGGGUGGCGCGUGGCGGGAAUCCCUCCGGCGGCGGCGCUGUGGCUGCUCUUGGUGGCCUGCGCGGGGGCGCCGCUGUUGGCGCUGGCGCAGCCGUCCAAGGUGUCUCGCGGCGUCGCCGUGCCCUUCGUCUUCGACCCGCGCGCCGUGUGCGCCGCCCCGCCUUGCCAGCACGGGGGCCUGUGCAUCCGGAACGGCACCUGCUUCUGCUCCAGGGGCUACGAGGGCGAGCGCUGCCAGUAUGCAACUUGUUAUCCGAAAUGUAAAAAUGGCGGGAAAUGCCUCAGGCCUGGAAAAUGCAGGUGUCAGCCUGGCUAUGGAGGACGAUACUGUCAUAAAGUAAGCUGCGAGGGAGGUUGUCAAAACGGUGGCGAGUGCAUCUCGGUCAACGGGCUGGUCAAGUGUCUUUGUGCUUCAGGCUGGACCGGAUCAAGAUGCCAAGAAGCGGUUUGUCCUCAGGGAUGUCGGAAUGGAGCAACUUGCGUCGCUCCUGGAAUCUGCAGCUGUGCAACUGGCUGGGUUGGUGGCGCCUGUCAUUUAGCAUUGUGUAGGUUGCCAUGUCACCAUGGAGGCAAAUGCAUCGCUCCAGAUGUGUGCAGAUGUCGUUCACCAUACUCUGGUAUAGAGUGUACAAAGAAAAUGAAGCAAUGAGACAGCCUACUCUGAAGACGAGCUCCUUUUAUUUUAAUGAAUAAACAUUGAGAGAAAGGAGAAAUUUUGCAUUAUGCUAGACGAUCCAUACAUAGGAUUUUAAAGUCUUGAUUAUAUAUUAAAUGAAAGCUCUCCUAUACUGAAGGGCGUUUUUCUUUUUUUAAAAUAUGACAAUAUCAAAGCAGUUGAAUGUGUAUCAAAAUAUAUGAGUGGGGAGAAUUUGGAAGCACGUGGAUACCUUAUGUUUCAUGUUUAGCACAUGUAACAUUGAAUAUUUUUUACUGAAUAAAGCAUUCCCCCCCCCC